GGCGCUCUGUCUUUACACUAAAGCGCAAACGGAGACGCGGAUCGUGCGCCGCCGCUUUGACUCCAAUCAUUCUUUCUUGGGACAAUCACAAUGCUGCGAGUGAGGUGUCUGAGAGGAGGCAGCAGGGGGGCCGAGGCUGCCCAUCUGAUCGGAGCCCUGCUUGGCCGCUCAGUUGCUGGCUGGGCGCAGAGGGUUUUUCAAAGCACCUCAAGUGCUGCAGCUGCACAGCCACAACAUGCAGCUGAAGAGGAACAUGUUACUGAGUCUGCUCCGCAGGAAUGUCCUGUCUGCAGCUACAAUGAAUGGGACCCCCUUGAGGAGGUCAUCGUGGGUCGAGCCGAAAAUGCCCACGUGCCUCCCUUUACUGUGGAAGUGAAAGCUAACACAUAUGAGAAGUAUUGGCCCUUCUACCAGAAGCAUGGGGGCCAGUCUUUUCCUGCGGACCACUUGAAAAAAGCUGUUGCUGAGAUUGAAGAAAUGUGCAAUAUUCUGCGCCAUGAGGGUGUCGUUGUGAGGAGACCCGAGCCCAUCGACUGGUCUUUGGAAUACAAAACUCCAGAUUUCUCAUCAACCGGAAUGUAUGCUGCCAUGCCCAGAGACAUCCUCAUAGUGGUUGGGAAUGAAAUAAUUGAGGCCCCAAUGGCCUGGAGGGCUCGUUUCUUUGAGUACCGUGCCUACAGACCCCUGAUCAAGGAGUACUUCAGAAAAGGUGCUAAAUGGACCACAGCUCCCAAACCCACCAUGGCUGAUGAGCUUUAUGAUCAGGACUACCCCAUCCGCACGGUGGAGGACAGGCACAAACUGGCUGCACAGGGGAAAUUUGUGACCACCGAGCAUGAGCCCUGCUUUGAUGCUGCUGAUUUCAUACGAGCCGGGAGGGACCUCUUCGUCCAGAGGAGUCAGGUUACAAACUACAUGGGAAUUGAGUGGAUGCGUCGUCAUCUGGCGCCGGAUUACAAGGUCCACAUAAUCUCAUUCAAGGACCCUAAUCCCAUGCACAUUGAUGCCACAUUUAACAUCAUUGGUCCAGGGCUGGUGCUGUCCAACCCUGAUCGUCCAUGUCGCCAGGUUGAUAUGUUCAAGAAGGCUGGCUGGACUGUUGUAAAACCUCCAACACCUUUGAUUCCUGAUGACCACCCACUGUGGAUGUCGUCCAAAUGGCUGUCCAUGAAUGUCCUGAUGUUGGAUGAAAAACGUGUGAUGGUGGAUGCCAAUGAGAGCACCAUUCAGAAAAUGUUUGAGAGCCUCGGGAUCCAGACCAUAAAGGUGAACAUUCGCCAUGCCAACUCCCUGGGUGGCGGCUUCCACUGCUGGACAACUGAUGUCCGCCGCCGUGGUACCUUGCAGUCCUAUUUUCAUUAGCCAUGCCAGAAAUGGGCAGUUUUUAUUGAGCUUUGAAAAGGCUUUGUCCAGAAUUGUUUUUGUGUGAAUUGAUCAGUAAUGUACACUUAAAAAAAAAAAAAAAAGGAAAAGAAAACUGUUCUCUGCAAAUGUAGGCCUCUGUCUUAAUGAAUUUGGCCAUGUGUGUUUCUGUGUGAAACAAAUGAUCGGGGGGCAGGGGCUGCUUCUCCGCCUUUGUGUCAAGAAUGAACUUUUACGAAUGGUUUUGAUUUGCUCUAUCAGGCAUUGAUGCCUUUGCAGACAGCUUUGUUCACAGAUCAGUACAUAUUCUCUGCUAAUGGUUGUCACCACACACAAUCUCAAUAUCAACUGCAUUUCUGGCAUGGCUGUUGUGAAGAUGAAGGAUUCUUCUCCAUCCCGAUGCUGAAGCUCUGAGGACAAGGUACAAUUUGGUAUGGGAGUGUCAUCAAAUGAGGGCACAGGGGUUGCCAAACUACCUCCUUUUGGAAAACUUGGGGUUGGUUUUUCACUGGAGCAAAUGUCCUCUCUUUGCUUCUUUUCUCGUCAAGUCUUAAAGAGGGUCCUGAAGUGUGUGCGCAAGCUGCAUUUUUGUGGGAUAAUCUCUGAAUCUACGAGCAAAGAGGAGAAAGCUGUGACAGAAGCAAAAGAUCACAUAAACUCCAUGAAAAAAACACCUCCAGUAAACACAAGUCUAAUUUUAUUUUCCAAAAAUGUUGUAUUUUAAAGUCAUGUAUUCACUUUUUUGUAUGUAGGUCAUAAAACAAUUUUAAUUUUAACUUGUCAUUCACUAUUUUUUAAGAAAAAAAGAGUGGGAAAAGAAGUAGAUUUAUUGGACAGAAAUCGUUUUUCUUAUAUUUUUACAACUUUAUAUUGGCUUUCCCAUCAGUUAAUGUUUUUAUAUAUUUACUACGCGGUCCAUAUCAGUUAUUGUACACCUUUUGCCUCUGCUGUAUUCUACUACUACACAUCUGGGCCAGUUACAUGCUGCUAGUCAUUCUCACUGAAAUACUUUCUGCUUUUGAGUUUUACAGCAAAAAAAAAAAAAAAAAUUGCUUCAAGGGUGAAAAGAUGUUUGAUUCCUUUGCUGUCCUCAGAGUGAGUUGCAUGAUGUAACUGCCUUGAUAUUUAUUGUCAGAUGAAUAAUUCAGGGGAUGUGCAGCUCAACAGAGUAAUGCAAAAAAUGUUUGUUUUAUGCCACGCUAUUAAAAUGAAGUUUUAAGACA